GUGUAAGACAUAACCAAGCGAUAUCCAUAGUUUAAUGGCGGAUAGUGAGACUGAAGUGACAUCAACAUCGACAAUCAUGAAGAACGAUCCUUGGACUCCCCUGCCGUCGAUGUCAGCUAAUUUACCACCGGCUCCUAAAGACCCUCUUUAUGAUAUGAUCAGCUCUGAAGAAUAUCUGGAGUCAUUAAAUCGACGAUUACAACAGAUCAAGUUAGAAGGCCAAAGAGAGCCAACAUCAAAAGACAUCAUCAAGGAAUUGGCACUGAAGAAAGCAGAUAUUAUGAAAAAUUUUCUCGAAGAAGGUGGCUCCUUAGAAUUUGAUGAUGCUAAUGCUUUAGAUGAUGAUAAUUUUCAAUCCUAUUUCCAAAGAAAAUUCUGCCCCGAACGACAAGCUCUCUCCACUGAAGAACUAAUUACCUUAUUACAAGCUGACGAACUAACGAAUCAAGUAGAAAAUAACAGUAAUGAAGAGUCUGUUGAUAUUGAAAACAGAGAAAUCUAGAUCGAAAUGACUUUUUUUUUUAUUAAUAUGUAAAUAUGUACUCAUUAAAAUUGCACCAUUUUGAUAAACUGUUUGAAGGAUUUUAGAAACUUUUCUAAAAUUGAAUUUGUUUUGUUAAGAAAGAAAAGAGACAUUGAAAUCAGUUUAACAGAAACUGUUUUUUAUAAUUGAAAUGAUUUUUUUUUUUCAUCUGGGAAAAGUCAAAAGUAUUUCUAUAAAUUGUCCAGAUAGAUAUCAUUAUUCCAUGCAGGUUAUACUAAAAUAUUUACUAUAUUUACUUGUGUAUAAAUUACACCACUCUCUCUUCUCUUAGGUAUCUUGAUUCCUCAGGGAACAUAGGGCCACAACAAUGUUUUUCCAAAAGAAGCGGUUCUGAGGGAUCCUCUUCAGCUCGGCCUACAUCAUUCUGGUUGCCCUCACCUCUGUGUCGAGACUCCUGUGCCAAGGCUGUUCCUAGUUUCAGUCUUGGUUGUCAGAAGAGUUAUCGGUGCGCUGGCUUCCCAAAGGCUUUCACCAGCUUGUGUCAUGCGCUCUACGGGAGAGGACUCUUCCUUGACCAUGUCGUUUGGGAGUGCUGUUGUGGUUUCUGUAACAGGUAUGUUUUUUUCUUACUAAACUGGGUUGUUAGUCCAAUGCUAAACCCCCAACCUGGAGGGUCAGUUGAAUGCUCUUCAUCUGGUUACCCUUCGACCUGUCUGGCUUGGGUGACCCUACCAGGAGACAAAUCUCCAACCAGCAUACCUCACAUGGUCAUGGAGACACACAAGCCCUGCAACCAACGACAAGAUGGUAUUCAUCUGCAAGGAGUUUAGUGUUAAAUCUCGGUACAAAUUUUUUCCUUCAUAGUUUAAGCUUUGCCCCGUGUAUAAGUUGCAGCCCAGCUUAUUCAGUUAAAAUUAAGAAUAAAAUGGUGUGGUUCAUACACACAGAAAGAGCUGACACUCCACCGGUUACGAUGACAAGAGUUCCAGUUGAUCUGAUCAACAGAACAGCCUGCUAGUGAAAUUAACAUGUACGUGGCUGAGUACUCCACAAACAUGCAUACCCUUAACAUAGCUCGGGGAGAUUCAGCAUGACACAGAAUGUGACAAGGCUGGCCCCUUGUGAAUUACAGGUACAACUCAUUUUUGCCAGCUGAGUGGAGUUGGGCAAUGUGGAAUAUAGUGUCUUGCUCAAGGGUACAUCUCUGCCAGGCAUUGAACCCACAACCAUACAAUCAUGAGCCAAAUACCCUAACCACUAAACCAUGCGCCUUCACUUAUACAAAAGUAAAUAUGAUAUGUAAUCAAUUUUAUUUCAUGUUUUGUCACUUGUUGUUUGUAAGUUAAAUAUUACUGUUAACCAUUUAUAAAUGAUCUGUGAUGGUAUUAUUAUGUAUAAAAAGUUGUUAUUUAUUCAACAAUAAUCUAACUCUAAAUAAAAUUUAUUUGUUGAAGAAUGUA